AUUUGUAUGUAUUUGUUGCUCACCAACCGGCGAAGGCCGACGCGUUUGUGUCCGUCAGCGACGUCGCGCGGUUGAAAUUCCAGCUAGCAAGAGAGGUUAGCUUCCCCGCUCCGUCUCAACGACAACAUACCACCAAACUGGCCAAAACUUUGGAUUUUGCGGGGCUUAACUCGGGCUCGGCGGGUUCGUUGACGCCUCAGAAGAAGAUGAAGAAAAGGAAGGAGCUGAAUGCCCUCAUCGGACUCGGAGACAGCAAGAGGAAGAAGACCAAAAAGGGGACGGGUCACCGGCUGCUCCGCACCGAGCCGCCGGACUCCGAGUCCGACUCCAGCUCCGACGACGACGAGUUCACCGGCAUGAGCGGCGGAGCCAGCACCGGGAAAAGAAGCUACACGCAGUGCUGCAACGUGUGCUACCCCUUGUUUCUGUUCAUCGUCCUCGCCGCCUGCGUCAUGGCCUGCUCCGGACUCAUAUGGAUGCAGAUUGCGCUGAAGGAAGAUCUCGACUCGCUGAAAGAAAAGCUGCACAGCAUGGAAUCCAGCCAGAAGGUUUCCUCCGGUGAAAUACCAAAACUAAGCGAGGACCUGAAAAACAAGGACAGAAAGCUCGACGACAUUGAAAACGGGGACAAGGGGUUGAGCAAGCUCUGGUCCAACCUCACAGAAAUGAACAGAAAGAUCAGUUUGCUGGACUCUGCAGUAAACCAUUUGAAGGUCAACUUGAAGUCGGCGGCCGACUUAGUCAGCCUGCCCGCGACGGUGGAAGAGCUUCAAAAGAGCGUCGCCACAAUCGGCAGCACGCUCACCAGCGUGCAGCACGACGUGAAGACGAUGCAGACCGAGCUGGAAAAUCAGAAGAAAGAGGAAGAGUUGAAGAAGACGAUGGACAUCACGGCCCUGAGAAAAGCAGCGAGUGAGGCGAACGAGACGGAGGAGCUGCGCCACACGCACACCGACGAGCACGUCCACGUCCUCCUCUCCGCGCUGGCGGAGCUUCAGCAGAGAGUGUCGUCGCUGGAGAACGGCUCGGAGCGAAGCUCGAAGAACGACGACGACGCAGCAAAAAUCGCCGGCGGAGGGCCGGCAACCGAUGCGGCGAAAGAAGCUGCAGCGACCAAAGCGACCCCCGGGGAUGUGCAAGAGGUGUCCUCGCCACUGACGGAGCCUCAGACGGAGCCUCAGACGGAGCCUCAGACGGAGCCUCAGACGGAGCCUCAGACGGCGCCUCAGACGGAGCCUCAGACGGAGCCUCAGACGGGCAGACGCCCACGCUUCGCAACUCCGGACCGCUCCAAGAGGAAUGCCGAGGCGGCGUGCCCGAAGCGCUUGUUCCUGCCUGGAGUCGGUUCCCUGAAAGACUUGGAAGACAUCUUCCAGCGGGAAGGCGUCGGACGCGGCUCCCCCGGACUGAACCACCACGGCCUGAGGAAAGUGUUUCGAACGGCGACUCCCAACGCGCGCACCAUGGAGUGUUUCGACAGCGACGGGAACCAGAGGUACUCCCUGGCGGAGCUGAGAGCUGCGGCAGGUCUGUGAGCGCGUCGUCACUGACGGCAGUGAACAUUAUUGAACGCCCGGGAGUCGGAACUUCCCAAACCCCUUUUCCGUGACUGCUGCACUUUUGUGAACUCAAUAUUUAUCAUACCGAUUGUGGAACAGUGGCGCUGGCAUGCCCCAUACUCCCCUCCCCGGUCUAUUUUCACACAAUGUCAUCCACUAAACAAGCGCAUACUUAAAAAAAAAAAAACUCAUCCAUGCGAGUUCCCGUACGCAGAAUAGUCCGGCUCUAAUUUUAGCUAAUUCCAUAGUUUACAUGAAAUAAACUGGGAAGUGUAAAUUAUUUUUGAAUCCUGUUUUUCACCCUCAAAUCUCAGAUUCUCUUUAACGGCACCUUUACUUCCAUCGGUCACAUCUUGAUGAUACGUUUGUGUAUUUCCUUUCACAUUGUCAAUCUGCUUCCCCGCCCAUCAACUCACCUCAACUGUAUUAUAUAACCAGAUAGAACUUUAGGAAAGGUUACAAAUUAUUACUAGAAACAGGUUUUUUUUGUGAGUGGUUUGUUUGGUUUUUAGUCAGAUUCCUAAGUUAACUGAAGCACACAAUUGAGCAUAAGAGUGAUGAUUUUUAUAUAUUUAAUUAUAUAUAUAUAUAUUUAAAUAUAUAUUUAAAUAUAUAUUUAGUUAUAUAUAUUUAAAUAUAUAUAUAAAUAUAUAUUUAGUUAAAUAUAUAUUUAUUUAAAUAUAUUUAUAUAUCUUUCUAGGUUUAAAGUUUCCGAUUUCUUUCUGCUCAGUGUUGUUUUUUUCUCAUUUAUUUUCAGUUGCUACAGUUUAAUUUAAUUUCCUUACAUUUUAGUUUUUUUACAGCUUUCAGUUCUACACGUGUUGAAGGGCUAUGAACACUUUGAAUCAUUGACCGUUUAAGGCAUAUGUAGCAAUAACAAAAGGACAGAUAUUGCUUGUUUAGAAUUGCAGUAGACAAAAGGCAAAACUAGCUCCCAAUGUGUAACGGGUAGUACAAGAAGCACUGACCAUCAAUCUUUACUUUAUUAAUUUUAUUCCAUUUUUAUGGGCUUAUUAAUAAUGAUGUAUUUACAUAAUGAUUGUCACUCAAACAUUGUUGUACUCUGUAAAAAUGGUUUAAAUGUGCGCCGAAAUUAUUGUGAAGGGGAUCGGGGUCGUUAAAAAUGUUCCUUACGAUCUUAAUCUUGUACAUUUUUUUUAAAUGUUUGCGUUGUAAUUUGCAUGUUGCCGAUACUGUAACAUGUAGACAUUAUUUAUAAAACUUAACAGUCGACUACUUGUUUUUGCAGGACAAUGUAACAGCUUAGGCCUUCAUGACGUAGACGACAUAGGGUCCAUGCUGCUGCUGUACUUGGGGACAUUUUAUGAAUGUUUUCUGUGAGCACCAAUGAAUAAAGUUUAAAAAGUC